UGUAGAGACUACACCGCAGUAUGAUUCUGCGUGCUCUGUUAAUUGUGUUGGCGCUGUUCGGUUAUAGCAGCGCCGUAUACAGCCGCGAGCGUGACCGUCUGCGAGCCGACCCGCGGCUAAUUGACCGCGCUUGUGAGCUUAGCUCCUGUUAUCCGGCCACCGGUAACUUACUCAUUGGACGCGAAGCACGCCUCUUUGCCUCUUCGACUUGUGGCUUGCACAACCGCCAGCGCUAUUGUAUCGUUUCACACCUAGAACCGAAACAGUGUUUCUGGUGCGAUUCUACCAACGCUACUCUGCAUAAUCCUUAUCUUAACCAUCGGAUACAGAAUAUUAUCUACAAGUAUUAUCCGGGAACUCGAGUCAAGUCAUGGUGGCAAUCAGAAAACGGCAAGGAAAACGUAACAAUUCAGUUGAACAUGGAAGCAGAGUUUCAUCUCACGCAUUUGAUAAUACAAUUCAGAACGUUUCGUCCUGCUGCGAUGUUGGUUGAGAGAUCCUUUGACUUUGGAAAAACCUGGCGGACCUACCGAUACUUUGCUCACAACUGUGAAAACUUGCCAGUUCCGCAUCACACUCAAAGAUCGUUGACUGAAGUUGUAUGCGAGUCUCGUUACUCUGGAGUGUCUCCUUCGACUGAAGGAGAAGUGAUAUUUAGAGUACUGCCGCCAAACAUAAAUGUUACAAAUCCUUACUCUGAAGAAAUCCAAAACUUAUUACGCAUGACAAAUCUCAGAAUUAAUUUUACCAAACUGCACACUUUGGGAGAUGAUAAAUUGGAUAACAGAAAAGAUAUACAAGAAAAAUACUACUACGCGAUUUAUGAAAUGACAGUUCGUGGAUCGUGCUCGUGUUAUGGACAUGCCUCUAGGUGCUUGCCGAUGCCUGGAGUAGAGUCGAAGACUAACAUGGUACACGGGCGUUGUGAAUGUAACCAUAACACUCGGGGCUUGAAUUGUGAAUACUGUGAAGAUUUUUACAACGAUCUUCCUUGGCAACCUGCAGUUGGUAAAACUUCGAAUGCCUGCAAGCGAUGUACAUGCAAUAAUCACGCGACAACUUGUCAUUUUGAUCCUGCGGUCUACAAUAAAACAGGAAAAAUAAGUGGUGGUGUUUGUGAUAAUUGCCAGCAUAAUACUAUCGGUGUAAACUGUGAACGUUGUAGGCCCAAGUUUUAUAAGGAUCCCAGCUUAGACAUACAAAGUCCGGAUAUAUGCAAACCAUGUGAUUGUGAUCCACAUGGCACAACUGAUGAGGAAGUGCUUUGUGAAGGUGAAACCGAUGAAGAGAAUAAUAAAAUUGCCGGCCAAUGUUUGUGCAAAACAAAUGUAGAUGGAACCAGAUGUGACAGAUGCAAAAAUGGAUUUUGGAACUUUGAUCCCAAUAACCCCUAUGGCUGUGAAGCCUGCGCCUGUAACAACUUAGGAACCGUGACUGAAAAGGGAUGUGAUCCAACAAUAGGAGAAUGCUUCUGUAAACGUCAUGUUACUGGAAAAAGCUGCGACCAGUGCUUGCCUGAAUUUUAUGGUUUAACUGACAGUGAAGAUGGGUGCUUACCAUGUGAUUGUGAUAUGGGUGGGUCAUUAGACCACGAAUGUGAUGUUAUAACAGGCCAAUGUAAAUGUAGACCUAAUGUAAUCGGACGCAGAUGUGAUCAACCACUACAAAAUUUUUUUAUUGGAGCUUUAGAUUCUAUUGUAUAUGAGGCAGAGUCAAGCCAGUGUAAUUUACAAAUCGAUGAUAAUGCGAUCCAAAGUCAAGCAUGCCGCGUUUUUAUAAGAGAAAAUUAUCCAGAUGGCAAAAAAGAAACUUGGUCCGGCCCUGGGUUUAUGAAACUACCGGAGAGUAGUACAUUAGUAUUCACUGUUAAUGAUUUGCAAACGAGUAUGAACUACAACAUAUUAAUAAGAUAUGAACCACAAUCACCUUUAGAUUGGAAAGAGGCAACUAUUUUAAUAAAAAGACCGUACCCUGUAGAUGCAGAGUCUCCUUGUGCUAGUAAAGGGCCAGAAAAUGAUAAUAUAGCUACUUAUCUUCCCGCAAAUCAACGAAGUGUACUGGUCAAACCUGCUGUGUGCCUAGAAAAAAAUCGGGAAAAUGAAAUAAGAAUAUUUAUGGGUCGACAAAAUGCGCAAUCGUCAAAUUCAAGAGCCACUAUUUUGAUUGAUUCGAUCGUUCUCAUACCAUCGUUUGAUGACUUACCAUUUUUAACAAACGGGACAGCAAUGAGAGAUGAGUUUGAACGUUAUAACUGUGGUGAUUCCUAUUAUUAUAAUCUAAAUCGUGAUAAUAUACCCGAAAUUUGCAAAAAAUAUCACGCAAGCAUUGGAUUUUACGUACGCAGAGGUUCUCAGCCCUGCCAGUGUGAUCCGACAGGUUCAAAAAGUCACCAAUGCGACCCUUACACCGGAUUUUGUCAAUGCGUAGAAAACAUUGUUGGGGCCCGGUGCGAUCGGUGUGCACCCGGUACAUAUGGCUUCAGUAAAUUUGGAUGUAAACGGUGUGACUGUAGUAGUAUCGGCUCACUCGAUAAUUUCUGUGAUGCAACCAGUGGUCAAUGCAAAUGCAGAGCAAACACUUAUGGUCGUGCGUGCAACUUGUGUCAACCAGGAUACUUUAACUUUCCGAAUUGCCAGCAGUGCGAUUGUAAUGGGCAUGCAUUCGAAUGCGAUGACAAAACGGGAGCCUGUAAAGAAUGUACAGAUUAUACAGAGGGGAAUCGAUGUGAGAGAUGUGUUGAAGGUUAUUAUGGUGAUCCUCGCUUGGGCUUUGACAUACCAUGUAGACCAUGUCCAUGCCCUGGUAUCAAAGGAGAUACAAACAAAAAUAGUCACGCAGAUCGCUGUGAACUUGAUCCAGAAACGAAAGACGUUGUCUGCGAUUGCAGAGAAGGAUACGCGGGGCCGUUAUGUGACGUAUGUGCGGAUAAUUACUAUGGUGAUCCACUGCGAGAUGUUUGUAAAAAAUGUGAAUGUAACGAUAAUAUAGAUAUUACAAAACCUGGUAACUGCGACCCCUACACUGGAAAAUGUUUGCAAUGUUUAUAUAAUACCGCUGGAGAUAGCUGUGGCGUUUGUGAAACAGGAUACUAUGGUGAUGCUUCAGAAAAAACUUGUUACAAAUGCAAUUGUUCAGUUUUAGGUACUAACUUUACCAUUGGAGACUGUGAUAAUAUCACUGGACAAUGUCCUUGUCAUCAAAAUGUCAUGGGAAAAAAUUGCGAUCAAUGCACGGAAAAUCAUUGGAGAAUUGCAGUUGGCACGGGAUGUGACCCUUGCAACUGUGAUGCCGUAGGCUCAUUAUCUCCUCAAUGCAAUCCAUACAUUGGAAAAUGUGACUGCAAGCCAGGGUAUGGUGGCAGGCAAUGCGACCAAUGUCAAGAAAAUUAUUGGGGCAAUCCCAAUAUUGAGUGUUUUGAGUGUGAUUGCGAUCCAAACGGUUCGAUUUCCCAACAAUGUAUGAGAGAAAAUGGGUCUUGUAUUUGUAAACCAGGAAUUGGUGGUCAUAAAUGUUUUACAUGUGCGAGAGGUUUUCUCGGAGAUGCGCCACAUUGUUAUGCAUGUGGAGAAUGUUUUGAUAAUUGGGAUCGAAUAAUAGACUAUCUACGCAUAGAAACUGAUUCUGCCAUUAGAAAUGCUAGUAAAAUAAAAUCGAUUGGUGCAACAGGAGUGUACACAAGAGAUUUUGACGAAAUGACGACAAAGUUAAUGACCAUAGAAAACAUUAUACAAAGAGAAAAAGAAGGACAGUCAACCAUCCCUGAUUUAUUAUCCAAUAUAACAAACAUACAAAAACUUAUCACAAAAACCGAACAAAAAAUAAAAAACAGCAACAGGCAUCUAAAUGAUGUGACAGCCAAAAUAAAUCUCGGAAACGUCACUUUGGAUGGUAUAAGAAAAGAAACAGAUAAAUUAAAAUCAAAAGCUAUCGACCUAGGGAACAACGCCACUAAGUUACAAGAAGCUAAUUUAGAAGGAGCACUUAAUCUUACACGGGAGGCUAAGCACAGAGCAGUCAAAGCUUUAAAUGAUGCUAAUCAUCUACAAAAUGAUAUAGCAAAGACAGAUCGUCAACUGAAAAAUACAGACAGACUUAUAGAAAUGCAAUAUGGCAACUUUAAUACUACUCAAAAUGAAAAUGACAAAAAACUUACCCAAAUGCAAGAACAGGUAGAUCGACUUGAAACUAUAAUACCUAAAUUAAAUGAUAAAAUGUGCGGACAGGAAACAGAUACUUGUGAUAUAUGUGGAGGUGCAGGAUGUGGCAAAUGUGGUGGGAUAUCGUGUGAUCAAGGAGCUGUAACAAAAGCCGAACAAGCCCUUGAUUUUGCCAAUAAAACCGAAUAUAGAAUCAAAGAACACGAACUUAGCGCUGAGGAUAUGUAUAAAAAUAUCUCACAAGUAAGACAAAAUACUGUUUCAGUUAGAUCAAAAGCUAGUGAUUUAUACAAUCGAGCGUUUCAUUUUAAAUCAACAGCAGAAAGAGUAACUAAUGAAAGUCAAGAAUUGACAGCAGAAUUAAAAGACUUUUUAUCGAACACAUCCAAUACUCCAGCCGAUGUUAGAACGUUAGCAAACGAUAUUCUUAAUCUGUCAAUAAGAAUCGAACCUAAAGAAAUUACAGACUUAUCACAGAGAAUCAAUGAAUCAGUUUCGCAGUUGACUAAUAUUGAAAAUAUAAUUGCAGAAACUGCACCGGAUUUGGAAAGGGCUAAAGCUCUCAAAGACAAUGCAACUUCUGCCAGUAAUAAUGCCAAUCUAACGUUAGAUAUGGCGAACAAAGUUCUACAAUCUCUUGACGAGGCUCAAGCAGCACAAGAUGCGGCUGAAAACGCAAUAGAAAAAGCGAAUAGCGAUAUAGAAGCCGCGAAAAGUGAUUUAAUUCCAAUAGCAUUAGAGACUGAACAAGCGCAAAAAAAAGCAAAUGAAACUAUAGAAGACGUUGAAGCCCUACGAUUACGACUUUCGCAUUUACAAAAAGAUAUCUUAAAGAUUGAAAGCGACGCGGAACAAGUAAAACACGAAGCAGAUGAUGUUGUUAAUCGUGCAGAAGGCGCGGAACUCAAAGCAAGACAACUCCGACAAAAUUUCAAGCAAACAAAUAAGUCCUUAACAGAACGGUCUAGUCAAACUCUUAAUUCAAGGGAACGAGCACAAAUGUUGCUGGACCGUGCUACGAAGCUAGCUAGUGAAACACAAACGCAGUUAAAGCUCUUAGCAAACAUGGAAGAAUUAUACAAUGACCAUAACGAACAACUGAAUACAUUAGAAAAUGAAAUAGCUGUUCUGAAUACACAAAUGAAUUAUUAUUUGUCUGAAAUCACGAAACGAUCCGAGAACUACAGAUCUUGUACGACAUAAAUUACCUACUCCUGUUUAUAUAGGAGUGUGCCAUAUUAACAUAAUAUUUAGAUCAAUAUACCUACCAAAAUAAUUAUAUAAUGAACAUUCAUAAUAAUCUGUUAUUGAUUCAAGAGUCCGUAAAGAUAUAUUUCUGAAACGAUUCGUAUGACGAAGAAAAAAACCGUUUGCUAUGUCGUUUAUUUGUAUUAAACAAUUUGAG